AUGCGAGACAAGCACAUCGACAUAGUAGCCAUCCAAGAGACCAUGCGGUCAGAGUUCUCCCUCCAAGAACUUGAAUGUUUGAGCUCCCACCUAUUUGCAUGGCAUUGGCUCCCUUCUAGUGGGAGCACCGACCAUUCGGGUGGCAUCCUUUUAGGCGUAAAGGAUGACACCUUUGAGGUGGGCGGCAUGGAUAGGGGUGAGUUCUUCGUCGGUAUGGACGUGUUUAAACGGGCGCUCAACUUUAAGUGGGAUAUUGUUAUUGUCUACGGCCCAGCCGAUCACCGCCGCUCGGAGACCUUCCUCGCCGAGCUUCGGAGGAAGGUUGCGGCAGCCCAACUGCCGGUUGUGGUUGGUGGGGAUUUCAACCUCCUGCGAUCCCCUGAGGGCAAGAACAACAACCUAGUGAACUGA